CCCUGGGUCUGUCAAAGAAAUGAUACGUCUGCUCGUCUCGAUACAGCAAAUGGCCCGCGCCAAAAUGAAGCUUUGUACUUUGUAAAGAAUUCUUUCCUCUUGACCAAGGCUCGAUUUGCUCAGUGUUCUGUGCGAAUGCCUCAGGCCACAAAUGUAACCUCCACACUAGGUCGGUCUAGGAAUGGUGCAUAUUGGACGUCAGACAUCAACGUAUAUGUAGGUGUGACGCCGCAUUAAUGUCGUGCGAUGCUCUUUUCCUCCCGUCAUGCGUGAAUAGACAAUAGUCAUUAGAUUCCUUUAUACGGCUCUGGCUAUCAUCAGAUGCCUCUCUCACAUCGCUCCCCGUUCGGAAGCAAACCAUUCAUUUUCAGCAGUAAUUCCUCGCCAUGCCAGCCAAUCUCAUGAGUCUCCCGACCGAACUCCUUCUCUCAAUUCUAUCGAUUCUCGAAAAGACUCCCUACAUCCACGCCCACAAGAUCGACCUUCUCCUCAUCAACAAACGAUGGUUCGAGCUCGCUUUGCCCACUUACUACGCCUCGCUCGCAAUCGGCUCCUGGCCCCUGACCGCCACCGACAUCGCCUGCUUCCCGGCGCCAGGCACGUCUCUGCAUGCCUUCAUCGCGAAAAAGGUGUCCCACCUCACUAUCCGCCUCGAGGGCCCGUGGGGCGAGUAUCUGCGCCAGCAGUACCGCCCCGACGACGCUGAGGGUGCUUUCGUCCAGCCCGCCGACACCGAGGCGCUAGAGACGUGGAUCGACUUUGCAAACGCGGCUAUUCAGGCCUUUGCCAGCUCCGACAGGCUUGCUGGUCUGACGGCGCUAGACUCACUCGCCGUCGAGCUGAGCCAGCAGGACGAGCGCGAGUUUGGCCCGCGUUGGGACUACGUGCACCAAGCCACAUUGGUGAGUUUGUGUCGUGGUAUUGCGGCACUGCAGGUUUUCAAGAGCGAGCGUGGCUUGCCGCUGCUUGCGCACCUCACGCUCGAUGUGUGCGGCAGCUACGCAUUGCGGCGUGGGGAUGCGGGCGAGACGAUCGAGUGCGUGUGCGCGGCGCUGAGCCCGGUGCUUCCAACACUACACAGCGCACGCGUGCGCAUGCGGUGUUUGUGUCAGCGGCUGUUUGCGUGUCUGAAUUCGCCGUAUAGCAAAAGUUCGCGCUUAGAAACGCUAAUCGUCAAGCUGAAUCAGCCGUUUUUCACGCAGAAGUGGACGCCGGAUCAGUUCCUCACGAAGCGCUGCCGGGCUCCCUCAUCGGGCGCGCUACCGGGAUCGACUGCUGCCAGUGCGCAACGUGUAUCGUUAGACGCGGAGAACCCAGAAGGAGAGCCGAAGCAAGUCGAAAGCCAUGCGCACGCUUCUGACUCCGUACUCUCAUCAUCCCGUCUUGACGACGAACAUUACAACGAGGGUGACGACGACGAUGGCGACUAUAUAGAGCGACAUAUGGGGCGGCUCGUGAAAGCACUCUUACAUGCAGGCUUGCGCGCCUCUCGAAACAUGCCACGACUACAGAAAAUAUACAUCUCGUUCCCACGCUCGAUCGAGUCCCCCCUUCUUCUCGUCGUCAACUGCCGCACGGGCAGGACUGCCGUACAUCCAGACAGUUGGCGGUUUGCAGGGAGUAGCGAUGGGGACGCAUCGUCUGCGUUUGUGGUAGAUCAGGAUAGCGGGUUUGCGUUCCAUGAUGAUGGCACGACGUGCUGGUGGGAGGAGGAGGUGGAUAUUACGGACGAGUUCCCGCGAUUGCGAUACCCAGGAAUUUCAGACGAGGACGAUUAUGGGCACGAUGACGACGGUAAUGAUGAAGGCGAUUAUGAUGACGGUGAGAGCUAAUGCCGAUUGUGAAACUUGAUGAGGCUCAUUCCAUGCAACCUUAUCUCAAGACCACGACGCUGACUUAGCUAAACAUGCAUCUUUGUAUGUACACCACCUGAUAAGCAACCAAAGCAGCAGACGUUACCUCGUGUUUAGUAGUUCCCGUGCACCUUGGGU